GCUUCUCUCGUUACGGUGGCGGCCGCUCGCUUCCCUUCGCGGCGCUGGGAGAACUCGCGGAAGGACUUGGGGAAAGAAUGUCUGUUUUCCUGUCGGGAGGGAGUAGACUGUUUUAAAAUGCGCGUGUUGAUUGUGGUUUCGGUGAUGAGCUCGCAGAAAGACAACGUGGCUCGUUCCAGGCCUCAGAGGCACCAGAAUACGUUUAGUUUCAAAAAUGACAAGUUUGAUAAGAGUGUUCAGACCAAGAAAAUUAAUGCAAAACUUCAUGAUGGAGUAUGUCAGCGCUGUAAAGAAGUUCUUGAAUGGCGUGUAAAGUACAGCAAGUACAAACCAUUAUCAAAGCCUAAAAAAUGUGUUAAAUGUUUACAAAAGACGGUGAAGGAUUCUUAUCACAUAAUGUGUAGACCAUGUGCCUGUGAACUUGAAGUCUGUGCAAAGUGUGGAAAGAAAGAAGACAUUGUUACACUGUUUAAUAAAGAACCAGAAAAGACAGAAAAUACUGAAAAUAAUGUACGUUCCAAGUACAGAAGAAGCUGCAGCAAAAAUGAAGAAAAAAGUGAUGAAGAUUUAGAUUUUGAUAUUGAUUUAGAUGACUCAGAAGAUGACAAUCAAACUAGUGAACAUAACUGAAUCAGAGUUUGAAAAUAUGAAAUUCUUCACAACUUUUGACUGUUACAGUCAUACUUUCACAAAAUAUUACUGUGAAAUCCUAGUGAGGAAAUCGGAAAAACCUAUAAAAAAUGGCAGC